AUGGACUCCAUCAACAACCAAGACUCCCCCCUGUCCACUUCGGCCAACGUCAUCGGCAUCCUCACCUUUGUCGUCGCCAUCGCCGCCGCGGCAUACGCCCGCAUCGCCUUCCUCCGCAACAGCUCCGACGAGUACUUUCGCGUCAAGACGUCUCUGUCAUGGUACAAAACUGAGUCCACAUGGCUCGCCGACCUCCUGCGCACACUCCAGGACACGCAGCACCACCACGAGAAGAAGCGGCAGCACCAAAUGUACACCUUUGUCAUGGACGACCUGCUCAACCUGGAGCAGCGCCUGCUGGAGCUCAUCACCGACAUCGAGGUCAAGUCGGCGCUGAGGGGCACCUCGGAAUGGACGCUUUUGCCGCGGGGGUGGUCGGGCGGGCGGCCUUCGGUGGCGGUGUCGUGGCUGGCGGUGCGGACAAAGGCGCUGGAGCUGGUGAGGCAGCGGGAGGCAUUGACAGCGCGAGUGCAGUUUCUCCAGAUGAGCAUGAUUUCGGCGCGGAUCGACGACCUGGAGGGGCGACUGAGGCGGCAUGAGGGGGAGAAGCCAAGGAGGGAAGAUUCGUGGGACUCGGAGUACGGAGAGUAA